GUUUCAAAGUGCUUGCUGAAUGUGUCAUCUUCUGGUGCUUCGUUGCAUGGCUUCUCAGCGUCACCUUCAUACGCAGGCACGCGGUAGAUGCAUGGAAGAUGAGGCUCGGCUUCAGCAUAUACAAUUACACGUACAAGUCGUAUGAGUACAUGUGCACCGUCAUGCCAGAUCUCAGAUGUUCGACGCACGGCGGUUCAGAGAUGACACAACCCCGAAUGAUCCAAGCGCUUGCGUGGAACGCCUAAGGAAAGACGCCCCUGCGAGUGGACGCAACACUGCCCGGGAUUGCAAAGGAACCGACAACGCUAAACACCCUGCAGCUGGUACAAAUCAGCAUGCAGCUGCUUUAGUGGUGGAUUGCGCUUCCUCGACCUUGACGAAGCUGGCGUGGAACUUCAGCAUCGGAGGGUCAAUUAGAUCUUCAAGUCGGGUUCACGGCAAGCGGACAAGAGCUGGGACGAAGCAAUGUCAUAAUACAGCUACAUGGACAAGGAAACGGCGUUGCAGGUCGGGAGGUAUCAUAGCAGCUAUGUGCCGUAAAGAUUGGUUGCUAUUAGCAGGGGUGGUGUUCAGCAGGCAGCGAAUGACCGCCGUCGUACAGCGUUUGACGGUUGAAGGCGCUGUGCAAGGAGCGAGAUUGACAACAAGAGUGCAGUGCAAAGAUGAAACAGAGAGGGCAAAAAAUAGAUAUGACAAGUGCAGGUCGCGUGCAUAAGGAGGAUGGCAUGGAAUUGUUGGCAAGACUGACAUUGUCCUCGGAGCAGAGUUUGACAGCGACAGCAGCAGCAUCAGCAGCAGCAUUUCUCGCAGACAGCGGCAUUCCUUCUCGAAAGGCUUGUGGUGGGCGGGAGCAUUUCAGCGAAAGUUUGGCGCACCGUUAAAGUCAGAGCAGGACAUUGCAUGAACGUUCAGCGGAAUCGUCGUGGCGUCUGAGCUGAGGGGUUAGCGGUAGGCGCUUGAAACGCAGGUCAGCCCUCUUCAUAAUCACAUUCAUAACAAAAAACCGGGCAUCCUG